CUACACUCUAAGGUUAGACAUACAGGCUAAACAGUCAUGCAUUUACACGAACUCCCAUAUGAGGUGAUUGUCAAAGUCAUUCAAUACUUACCUCACGAUGUUCUACAAAUACUCAUAGACUCAAAUACUUGGGUUUCUUCAAUUGCAUUCAAAGAGUUCUAUAGAAAUAUGAAUGUCAUGGAUGACCCACAUCAGUUCAACAGGUCAACGUCAUAUGGUGGGAUAGAUAGACCGACAGUUGACUCUAUGCCAAUAGAUUUUCCUACCAAUUCAUAUUUUGCAAAGGACAAAGAUAUCUUUGGACCAAUUUCUGAAACUGCGGUUUUCGGAUCAGUAUACUCUCUAGUGAGGUUCAUUAACAAACAUCCUGAGUUUGUACCUGAUGAAAUUACAUUCAGAGGAAUAUUGUUGUUGCUUCCAGUCACCUAUGAGUUCCAAGCCUUUAUAGAAAAGGUUCCUAGGUUAUAUAUAGUAGAAACUGGUAGUUUUAGCAGGGGUAAACCUGAAGCAUUUCAUGCACUACAUAAAUACCGAAGCAAUAUUUGCGGUGAAUACUAUGAUGAAGUAUUCAAUACUGAUAACAUACCCUCAGAAGCACGCCAUCUCCUUAUUCCACGUGUUUCAAUUGAAGAUUUUGAGGCAUUCUUCCAACAGCACACAAAGGUAAAAAGUUUGGCCGUGAAAAAUUUGUUAUCCUGUCUGAUAGACUUAUACCCUAAAUCCUUAAAGUUUAUUUCAUUUCAAAUACACGAUGAUACUGUAUCAAAGAUAGUGCUUCCUUCUACGGUCACAAAUUUAAAGCUAAUCCUCGGGGGGUCAUACGAUGGGUCAUUUGAUGAGUCUCGAGAACCAUUGGAUUUUAGUAGCUGUGAGAACUUAGAAUUUCUUGAACUAAAUAGUGCAUGCAGUGGAAAUUAUUUUUUGAAGUUUAAAUUGAUGCUACCCUUGUAUUUGCAAUCCUUG